CAUUCUCUCUCUCCGCACGCACACACACGCUCCCUCACUUUUCGUGGGAGAAAGUAGGAAGGGGGAGAGAGAAAGAGAAAGGAGAGAGAGUGAUUUCAGGUCUCUCUGCUCUCUCCGUGGUGGGUACUCAUAUCCACUCCGCUGACUCAAUGGAGCUUUAGCACUAGGGAUAUAAAAUCAAUAUUUAUUGCCCGUACCCCUUUUACUAUUUAAAAUUUGUACAUAGCAUAGGUAGAUAUAGGUCACUUAUUAAAGAAGCGUUAAGGAGAGGUAAAACACGUCUCCAGAGGCGAGCCCUUUUCUUCUUCUUUUUGCCUCACAGGAGGUCCAGUCGAAACUCUCUUCGACUGACUUUCUGUGAGAGAGGAUAUCUCAUUUGAACAUAUCCUACUUUAUAGUCCAGCGUCAAACAACUAAAAAACUAUGGAUAUUCGAGAUUGCCCCUUUCGGAAGAAGCGGAGACCAUGGCGCUUGGACUUUUCCUCUUUUGCCUUGGUAACCCUGGUGCUCGCGCUGUGCCAACUACCCGUGGCUCGGGCAGAUCCAGUGGAUGUGUUGCGGAUGCUGCAGCUGCCCUCUCUCCCCGAAGGGGUGCGGAAGGUUCCAGGCUUCUGCACCUCCCGCCGUGCCGGCUCCGCUGACCACGCCUACCGCAUCACCAAGAAGGCCCAGAUCUCUGCCCCCACCAAUCAGCUCUUCUCAGGUCGUUUCCCGGAGAACUUCUCCAUCAUGGCCCUGGUCAAGGCCCAUGCGGGCCUCCAGGCCUUCCUGUUGUCCAUCUACAGUGAGCAGGGUGUCCAGCAGCUGGGUGUGGAGCUGGGACGCUCCCCCGUCUUCCUGUACGAGGACCAGACCGGCAAGCCCGCCCCCGAGGACUACCCCCUCUUCAGUGGCGUCAACCUGGCCGACGGCAAGUGGCACCGCAUCGCUAUCUCUGUGUCGAAGAAGAACGUCACCCUGCUCCUGGACUGUAAGAAGCGCAUGACCAGAGCCCUGCCUCGCAGCAACAGCCCCGUGGUGGAUACCAAGGGCAUCACCGUGUUCGGAGCACGCCUGCUGGACGAUGAGGUCUUCCAGGGCGAUAUCCAACAGCUGCUGAUCGCAUCCAACCCUCAGGCUGCUUAUGACUUCUGUGAACACUACAGCCCCGAUUGUGACUCCCCUCUACCCAAGACCCAGUCCCAGGACCCCAACACAUACAAGGGUGCCAAUGGCAAUGCUGACAAACGCAAACCCGUGGUAGUUAAGGUUGACAAACCUAUAGUCGUUAAGGCGGACAAACCUGUAGUCGUUAAGGCAGACAAACCUAUAGUCGUUAAGGCGGACAAACCUAUAGUCGUUAAGGCGGCCAAACCUAUCGUCGUUAAGGCGGCCAAACCUAUCGUCGUUAAGGCAGAAAAACCUGUAGUCGUUAAGGCGGACAAACCUAUAGUCGUUAAGGCUCCCAAACCUGUAGUAGUUAAGUCGGCAAAACCUGCCUCAACCAAACCUGCGAAAGCAGAGCAUGCUAAGCUUGAGGCCACAGCCAAACCAGCUAAAGCCGUACCUGCUGCCACCAAGCCCAGCAAAGCCAAGCUUUACCCGGCCAAACCAGCCAAAGCCAAACCUACUGCAAUUGAAGUCCUCCUGAACAAGAUCAAACCCACUACAGUCACACCAGUGGCCAAGCCCACACCUGCUGCGAAAAAAGGUGAAAAAAAAGUAAUUGGCAAACCUAUAGUUGAGAAGAAAGUAAAUGGUGAGGCCAAAAUCAAUGGCAAUGCCAAACCUAUAGUUGAGAAGAAAGUAAAUGGUGAGACCAAAAUCAAUGGCAAAUCUGUAGUUGAGAAGAAAGUAAAUGGUAAUUCCAAGGUCAAUGGCAAACCUGUAGUUGAGAAAAAACUAAAUGGUGAGGCCAAAGUUAAUGGUAAAACCGCUGAGGAUAAGAAAGUGAGUGGUAAUGGCAAUGGUAAAACCGCUGAGGAUAAGAAAGUGAGUGGCAAUGGUAAAACCGCUGAGGAUAAGAAAGUGAGUGGUAAUGUUAAUGGUAAAACCGCUGAGGAUAAGAAAGUGAGUGGUAACGGCAAUGGUAAAACCGCUGAGGAUAAGAAAGUGAGUGGUAACGGCAAAAGCGCCAGUGACAAAAAAGCUCAUGGCAAAACCGAAGCAGCAAAACCUGAAACCACUAAAGCACAGCCCAAAAAAGACGUUGCUAAAGUUAAAGUAGAAAAAACUGUGGUCAGCAAAGUGAAACCAGCAAAAGCAGAAACCAAAGUAGUGGUAGCAAAAACCGAAGUCAAAGUUAAAGUAGUAAAAACCGAGGUCACAAAGGUUAAGGAAGCGAAAACCGAGAUCACUAAAGUCAAACCAAGAGAGUCAGUUGUCGUCAAAGUUCAUCCCUUCCUCAAACCUGCACCGAAGAAAGAGCUGCCAAGCCCAGAACCUGCUUCCCCGAAGCCAGAGAGAACCAAGGUGGUGCUUGAUGUAAAUAACGUCAAAUCGAUGACCCAAAAAAUGCCUCCCUUCGGCAAGACUGCAUACAGUGGCACCAUCGUCCCUGUGCCGGAAAAACCGAAGAAGAAAACGGGCAACGGUUAUCAACAGGAUGUAGAAACUGCAAAUUCUGAGGCUGGCCACACCCCUACAGAGACGGAUUAUUAUUAUGAGGAGGCAGUCCUACAGCCAGCGAGUGAGGUGAUUGGACAAGAAGAGACGACUGGCCAGGUGGAGGAGACAUUGGUGGCAGAGGAGGUAGAUUUGGCCAAGGCAGGGGGUGAGGUCGAGGCCUUUACUGAGGAGUAUGUGACUGGAGACCUGGGCAUGAAGGAAUACGACUAUUCCUACAAGGACUACAACGAGCCUCUGCCCGAAGGAGAGACUGACGGCUACAUGGGCCCCGCCCUGUCCGCUGUGACAGACGAGGGAGGCGCCUCAGUGAGUGCCGUAAAAGGAGAGAAGGGAGAGCCUGCUGUCCUUGAGCCUGGUAUGUUGAUUGAGGGACCUCCGGGACCAGAGGGACAAGCAGGUCUCCCCGGACCUAAUGGCCCAUCUGGCCCUCCUGGCUCUGUUGGUGAUCCUGGCGAGAGGGGAAUCCCUGGAAAGUCUGGUAUCCCCGGUGCCGAUGGCGUCCCUGGCCCCCCCGGAACGUCUGUCAUGCUGCCAUUCCGUUUUGGAAGCAGUGGAGGAGACAAGGGUCCCAUGGUCUCAGCACAGGAAGCCCAGGCUCAGGCCAUUCUGUCUCAGGCCAGGCUGGCUCUGAAGGGACCACCCGGACCAAUGGGCUACACUGGACGCACAGGACCUCUGGGUACCCCUGGAAGUUCUGGUCUGAAGGGUGAGAGUGGGGAUCCUGGACCUCAGGGCCCCAGAGGACCACAGGGUUUGAGCGGCCCUCUCGGCAAAUCAGGAAGAAGAGGUCGUGCUGGAGCUGAUGGCGCCAGAGGCAUGCCAGGAGAGGGCGGGCCUAAGGGGGACCGUGGUUUCGACGGCCUGCCUGGAUUGCCCGGAGACAAAGGACACAGGGGUGAUACUGGAGGAUUGGGACCCCUAGGAGGUCCUGGAGAGGACGGAGAGAGGGGAGACGACGGAGACAUCGGACCGAGAGGACUUCCAGGUGAACCCGGACCUCGUGGUUUGCUCGGGCCUAAAGGUCCGAACGGAAUCCCCGGCCCUCCUGGUGUGCGUGGAAACGACGGUCCCCACGGUCCUAAAGGAAACCUGGGUCCCCAAGGAGAGCCAGGGCCCCCAGGGCAGCAGGGUACCUCAGGAACACAGGGAAUGCCAGGGCCACAGGGAGCCCACGGCCCCCCGGGAGAUAAGGGCCCCACAGGAAAACCUGGUCUGCCAGGAAUGCCCGGAGCCGACGGCCCCCCUGGUCACCCAGGAAAGGAGGGACCUGUUGGCACCAAAGGAAACCAGGGUCCCAACGGUCCUCAGGGAACUAUUGGCUAUCCUGGCCCUCGUGGCAUUAAGGGAACUCAAGGUAUCCGUGGACUGAAGGGUCACAAAGGAGAGAAGGGAGAAGAUGGCUUCCCUGGAAUUAAAGGAGACUUUGGUGUCAAGGGGGAGAGAGGAGAGGGUGGAGUGCCCGGCCCCAGAGGAGAGGACGGUCCUGAGGGGCCAAAGGGUCGUGUUGGGCCCCCUGGCGAGCUCGGGCCCAUCGGUCUGGUUGGAGAGAAGGGUAAACUUGGUGUUCCUGGACUUCCUGGCUAUCCUGGAAGACUUGGACCUAAGGGCUCCCUCGGUUUCCCAGGAUUCCCUGGAACCAACGGCGAGAAGGGAACAAGGGGUCUGAUUGGAAAGUCUGGACCUAGAGGACAAAGAGGACCAACGGGCCCCAGGGGUCAGAGAGGGCCAAGAGGGUCUACUGGGAAAUCAGGAGCCAAGGGUACAUCAGGAAGUGACGGCCCAUCUGGUCCACCAGGAGAGAGGGGACUGCCCGGACCUCAAGGAGCAAACGGUUUCCCGGGACCAAAGGGACCUCCCGGACCACCAGGAAAGGAUGGACUGCCCGGACACCCUGGACAGAGAGGAGAAGUUGGAUUCCAAGGAAAGACUGGGCCACCCGGGCCUCCAGGUGUUGUUGGCCCUCAGGGUUCCUCAGGAGAGACUGGCCCUCUGGGCGAGCGCGGUCACCCCGGGCCUCCAGGACCACCAGGCGAGCAGGGACUCUCUGGACCAUCUGGCAAGGAGGGAACGAAGGGAGACCCUGGUCCCCCAGGUGGCCCCGGGAAAGACGGGCCCUCAGGACUGAGAGGCUUCCCUGGAGAGAGAGGAAUGCCUGGCACCCCGGGAGGUGGCGGACUGAAAGGAAGUGAAGGCCCAGCAGGACCUCCCGGAACAGCUGGAUCCCCAGGUGAGAGAGGACAGGCAGGCAGCGGAGGUCCCAUCGGACCCCCAGGAAGACCCGGCCCCCAGGGGCCUCCAGGACCAUCAGGAGAGAAGGGAGUGCCUGGUGAGAAAGGUCCGAUUGGCCCGGCUGGGCGUGACGGUGUCCAGGGCCCAGUGGGUCUGCCAGGUGCAGCCGGAUCCAUCGGAGUUCCAGGAGAGGACGGAGACAAGGGUGAGGUCGGAGAGCACGGCCAGAAGGGAGCAAAGGGCGGCAAAGGAGAGCAUGGUCCUCCCGGUCCACCAGGGCCAAUGGGUCCACUCGGUCAACCCGGCGCUGCUGGAGCUGAUGGAGAACUAGGAGCCAGAGGUCAGCAGGGGCCAUUUGGAGCCAAGGGAGAUGAAGGAACCAGAGGAUUCCCAGGGGCCCCAGGUCCUAUUGGACUGCAGGGAUUGCCAGGCCCAUCAGGAGAGAAGGGAGAGACUGGAGAUGUCGGGCCAAUGGGUCCACCUGGCCCCCCAGGACCCCGUGGCCCUGCUGGUCCCAGCGGUGCAGACGGUCCUCAAGGUCCUCCUGGUGGUCUGGGUAACCCUGGAAACCUGGGAGAUAAGGGAGAGCCUGGUGAAGCUGGACCACCUGGAAUCGGAGGAGAGCCAGGAAAGAAGGGCCCACGUGGCGAGCACGGUGACAAGGGAGAGGCGGGACAACCUGGUGCUUCUGGCCCUGCGGGUGGAAGAGGAGGCCCUGGAGACGACGGACCCAAAGGAAACCCUGGCCCUGUUGGUUUCCCUGGCGACCCCGGUCCCCCUGGUGAACUCGGUCCCAGAGGUCAAGAUGGAGCAAAGGGAGAGAGGGGAGAGGACGGCGAACAAGGACAAGCUGGAUCUCCAGGACCCACGGGUGAGAAUGGACCCCCUGGUGGACCUGGAAAGAGGGGUCUUGCUGGAACGAGAGGGCCAGAGGGACGACAAGGAGAGAAGGGAACUAAGGGAGACUCAGGUGCUAACGGACCUCCAGGAAAGACAGGCCCCGUCGGACCUCAGGGUCAACCAGGGAAACCAGGAACGGAGGGUCUGAGAGGACUCCCUGGAUCAGUGGGCGCACAGGGUUCUCCAGGCCUUGCCGGCCAGAAGGGACCUCCCGGACCACUGGGACCACCAGGCUUGCCAGGACUGCGCGGCGAGGGCGGUGACAAGGGAGAGAAGGGCCACUCGGGUCUGAUCGGUCUGAUUGGGCCCCCCGGAGAGCAGGGAGAGAAGGGAGACAGAGGACUGCCAGGGCCACAGGGGACACACGGGUACAAGGGAGAGACAGGUGUCUCUGGAGGCACUGGGCCUAUCGGUCCUGGUGGCCCUGCUGGCAUGCCUGGUCCCCAAGGUGUCAAGGGAGCUAAGGGUGCUACAGGAGGAGCCGGUCCCAAGGGAGAGAAGGGUGUCUCAGGACCCCCUGGGCCUCCAGGUCCUCCAGGCGACGUCAUCCAGCCGCUGCCCAUCCAAAUCUCCAAGAAGUCCAAGCGCUCCAUCGACGCCAGCCGGAUGCUGUCCGAGACAGACGCAGAAGCGGUCGCAGCCGACGCCACCGGCACAGAGUUCCUGACAGGCAGUGAGGGCAUGGAGGAGAUCUUCGGCUCACUGAACUCGCUGCGACAGGAGAUCGAGACCAUGCGCUUCCCUCUGGGCACCAAGGACAGCCCCGCACGCACCUGCCAGGACCUGAAACUCGGCCAGCCGGAGCUCAAAGACGGAGACUACUGGAUCGACCCCAACCAGGGUUGCUCUCGCGACUCUCUCAAGGUGUUCUGUAACUUCACCGCUGGUGGGGAGACCUGCCUGUACCCCAGCAAGAGCGUGGACACGGUAAAGCUCAGCUCUUGGACCACGGAGAAACCAGGCUCCUGGUACAGUGAGUUUGCAACUGGCAGCAAGCUCUCGUAUGUGGACUCUAAUGGCGAGCCGAUCGGCGUGGUCCAGUUGGGCUUCCUGCGGCUGCUGAGUGUCCAGGCCCGCCAAAACCUCACCUACCACUGCCACCGCUCCGUGGCCUGGGCCGACCGCACGGCCAAUAAUGGCCACAAGAGGGCGCUACACUUCCAAGGCGCCAACGAUGAGGACCUCAGCUACGAGACCAGCCCAUACAUCAAGGCCCUGGUCGACGGCUGUUCUUAUCGUAAGGGCUUCGACAGGACAGUGGUGGAGGUGAACACGCCCCAGGUGGAGCAGCUUCCUCUGCGGGACCUUAAGAUCACAGACUUUGGGGAGAGCAACCAGAAAUUUGGCUUUGAAGUGGGACCUGUCUGUUUCCUGGGCUAAAACACCGUGCAGAGAAAUGAGAAACACCUACAAGUAUAGAAUAUACACUUACACUGAUGAACACACACACACACACACAAACACACACACACACACACACACACACACACACACACACACACACACACACACACACACACACACA